CUUGGGCUCUUGCAGACAGAAAUUUAAAUCAGUUCUACAGAUCCUAACACCUGGCAAACCGUCUGUUGCCUAAAAAUUACGGUUUCAGUUCCAAAUGAGCGAAAUGGCGGUUCAGUCUGCUUUAAAUACGUAUUUUUCGACGGGAAGACGUCGUGGAUGCUUCAACCUGGGCUAUGCCGUGAUGGUUAAUCUGAUAUCCGAUGAAUUGUACCUGGGAUUUCUUCAAGACACGGACGAAGAGCGGCUCUUCAUAGAUUUCGACUGUGCCGAUAUCGCCCCUUGUUGGGUGGCAGCUAAACAAGUAUGGAUGACUUCCAGUCACGCGUACGGUCACCUCAACACACUGGAAGAAAUGCAGUACGAACCUCUGCAUGUUGCACUACGAAACACUCCCACCGGUCCCUAUGUUUACCGCCCCGGGAAACUUGCGCAGCAAAGCACGGAGGGAAAUUUAUUUCUGAGCUGUGUCGUUGUGGAUAACCUGGAUAACGGGGAAGACUUUUACGUUGUACAUCCCUGGCAGAUAGCCGAUACGAACAGCAUCCCGCGGUUUCCAACGGAUGAAUCAAACUAUCAACCUCACCCGCGAAAAGUGGUGAUCCCGGUAAGCACCAUGGAACUGUUGGAUAUCGAUGAGUAUCGUGUUAUACGGAUGCUGGAUAUGGUGUUCCGCGGGGGAAGACGCGAGAGGUCCUAUCAGGAGUAUGCGGAUCGGUUGUUUGUGCGAAUAAAUGCGAAGAGCUUAUAUUUUCUUAUUGGGCAUAUACAGUGCUCGCACGUUAGUCCACUCUGUUGCCCGAAUGAAUGGGAAUCGAACUGGUCUUGGAAGAUUAAUACGGCGGAGAGAAUUGCUGUGGGUGUGGAAUACUAUUUAUCUCAGUACUGUGGAAAACCCGAACGAUGUCCUGGCGGCCGCGAGUGCUCGAUAUCAGACUGUACAGAGGAUCAUGAAUUGUUCGAGUAUAUGCCGCCUGAAAUCAUCUCGUUCGUUCUGGAAUCUUUGGAUAUCCACUCUAAAGUCAGGGCGAAACGAACAUGCGCACUGUGGGAUCUCUUGCUGCCGGAUCCCGCUUUUAACGCGUGCAUCAUUCUGGACCUGGCUAAUCUCAGCACGCAAUGGCCGCUUUACCGAAAAACAGAGGGCUACCUGCUAGCGCGCUUACUGCACCACACCGUUAACCGCAACACUCACGCCUUAGUUCUCCACAAUCUCUUUCACCGCAACACGGACAACGGCGCUCUCAAUAACUAUUAUCUGUUGCUUAUCGUGCAGCUGCUAAAAAUCAAGUGCAUACUCCCGUUGAUCAUGCUGAUGAAUCUGCGCGUGCGCGUUGGCAGACUAUAUCCAACCGACGAAGAUAAUCCAGAUGAUGAGAAUUGGAGUGUCAUGUAUUUCCAUGCGCUGGAUUUGACGGAUGUGUGCCAACGGUUGUUCAUCAGAAACUACACGGUGGAUUUUGACGCUUCUCCAUACUCCGCCGACUUUCUGGGCUGUGCGUUUCAGCAUCCAAUGCCGGGAUUUGUCGAAUCUAGGGGAUCUUUCUCUAUGAGUAUCAGGAUCCCCGAGAUGAGCUUGCCUUAUGCCCGUGGCAAAGCGGAGAAAGCAGAAUGCCUGCAACAGUUCAAAUCGGCGUUAAUGGCCCACUGUCCUCCGGUGGAUCCGGCAGUAAGGAAGCGCGUCAUGGAUCUUCACGCCAAUUGGGUGAAAAUGGUGCCGUAUCCGGGACCGCAGUGGCUGGAGCUUCGGCAACUGCUGAAAUUCUACGGAACGUAUAAAAACCCUAAACGCCGGCGAUUUUGGAGAUUUUGGCGGAAAUUGGACGUGAGGCAUUUGGAUGGAGAUUUUCUGGGAAAUCUCCAGCUAAUUAUCUUGGGGCGGGAGUACCCAGACGGCGCUGAUCUGGCACCCAUCCCCGCGCCUACUCCCAUCGAUUUCGUGUGUUAUGACAAAGGGGGUUGCUACCACUGUGGUUGGACAGAAUGCACCGAUACUCGGAUUUCUAGACAGGUUUUCUUUUCCGUGGAUGAACAAGCCAACCAGUGUUCAACAAAUUUAUGUGUUCUUCACUGAAUCUGCUUUCGAGUUACGAAACUCUUCGAAUUUGGAAUCUGACAUAUUGGU